AUGAUUUUUCGGCAAACAAAUGGAAGCAAGAUUGAGCAGCCAGCGAACGUGGAGACCAUUAAGUUGUUCUGGUCCAGACGCAUAGGAGAUUACAAUGGCAAUAUGACGCCGGUACCUCUGUCAUGGCAUACGUUCAGACGCAUUGCUAUCUUUGCACGGAUACCAGAAAUCUAUGCGCGCGUGCUGGACUACAAGGCGGCAACCUACGUCUUCGCUGCUCCCCAGCUGCCCACGUUUCUGCGGCAUAGGUCUCCAAAAGCAAUGCGAAAGCAAUACCUAAGUUUCAUCUUGCAGUCAGUACCCGGAGCAAUGUCUCAUGUGUGUGUGAGCGCUUCUUUCACCUACGAUUUCUCCACUAAACAUAUGUACAUCUUUAUGCAUGGCCUUGCAAGCAACAACUACGAUCGGUUUUCAUAUGCGAUUCAAGGAGGCGCCUCCGGAAUAUCAGCAUUCCUAGUGCCAAGUAUUAUCGUGCGCUUCAAUCUUGAGCAGCGAGUGAAAGCACUGAACCUUUGGCAAGAUAAAAUCUAUUGGAAUGAGAGAAGGAUAGGCAUCCGAUUCGACCACUAUGAUAACCCUGAGCUGUCAAGUAUCGACUUCAGUACGCUCUCGAAAGACCUAAACGCUGUGAACACAAAUCUCGCAUUUAUAGUCCUGCUUUGCAAAAGCACUACACGUAUGCUCGAGUUUCUUGAUCAGGUUGCAAGGAGAUACAAAAGGCAAGCAGACAAUAAUGGGGUACCUGAAGACGAAUCGACUGAAAUCGAGCAACUGCUCCUUGAUACCAAUUCCGAGCUGCGAUCCUGGAACGUGGGGCUUGAGGAUCGAGCAGAAUACGUAUCCAAGCGAGGACAAGCCCUAGUGCAAACUGUCUAUAGUGCGAUUGCCCAGCGCGACUCAGCGACAAGUCUUCGUUUGGCGAGCACGAGUACCAGUCUGGCGCAAUCGUCUCAAAGUGUAGCAAUAUCAACAUCCCGCGACAGUGCCGUCAUGAGAAUAAUCGCUGCAAUUACCAUCUUCUUCUUACCAGCAACGUUCACCGCUACUUUCUUCAGUACCACAUUUUUCAGUUUCAACGAUGACUUAGGUGGCCGCGUAUACUCUCCGUGGAUCUGGCUUUACUUCUUGGUUACAAUCGCACUGACCUUAAUCGUGGUAGUGGGCACUUGGUUCUUGUGGCGUAAGAAAGAGCAGGAAGUCAUGGCGGCUUUGAUCACACCUAAGGAGAAACAAGAAACAGAUCCUGUAGGAUUGAAUCAGCGGCCAACCGAAUUUGAGUUAGAUCAGUUUGUUGAGCAAGAAAGUGGAAAUGUAGCGCGGAGAGCAACUAUCGAAAGGUUACGUACAGGUUUAGAUUGGACUCAGUCGAUAACCCAAAAGAGGACGGUAUAUGGGAAAGGAGAACCGAGCGCGUAA